CACUAGAUCUGUACAAGUUGAGCAUCCCGAAAUAAGAAAUAUAGUAAGGACUUCCUUUGAAUAAAGUAUUAUAUAGAUCAAAGUCAAGUGGAGCUCCUCCUCUGAAUCUACCCUACAAAAUUGGAAACUCCACAGUUAUAAGUUUCAACUGCCACAACUUCUCUCGCUCUCUCCCUCCUGCAGAAUUCAAUCCGACCUUUCUUUCUAGCUUCUUCGAUUCUCAAACGCAAGCCAUGGAUGGAAGCUGGGUCGAAGAGGCAUCGAUCGACUCUCUGCGAUUUUGUAUCGCCGGCGUCGACGCUCUGCACAGAAUGGGCAGCGUGGUGCUCGACCUUGUUCCGAAAGAAGGGGGCGGUGGCGGAGGCGGAGGCAUGGAGGUGGAGUCGAGGAAGCUCCAGUCGUCCAAGUACAAAGGCGUGGUCCCGCAGCCCAACGGCCGGUGGGGCGCGCAGAUCUACGAGAGGCACCAGCGCGUGUGGCUCGGCACGUUCGAGACAGAGGCCGAGGCGGCGCGGGCCUACGACGUGGCCGCGCAGCGCUUCCGCGGCCGAGAGGCGGCUACUAACUUCGGGACGCUGGCGGAGACCGAGGAGGAGGAGGAGGAGGCGGCGCGGUCCUUCCUCGGCGCCCACUCGAAGGCCGAGAUAGUGGACAUGCUGCGCAAGCACACGUAUCUCGACGAGCUGGAACAGUGCAAGCGCGGGCGCGGGGCGGCGCUGCUCGGGAAGAGGAAGACCCCAGACGGCGGCUGCCGGCAGUCGUCGUCCCCCAGGGAGAUGCUAUUCGAGAAGAUCGUGACGCCGAGCGACGUAGGGAAGCUGAACCGGCUGGUGAUUCCCAAGCAGCACGCGGAGAAGCACUUCCCAUUAAGAAUCGACGGCGGAAGCGGCGGCAAGGGGGUGCUGCUGCACUUAGAGGACGCCGACGGGAAGAUGUGGCGGUUCAGGUACUCCUACUGGCACAGCAGCCAGAGCUACGUGCUGACGAAGGGCUGGAGCCGGUUCGUGAAGGAGAAGCAGCUCAGAGCAGGGGACGUCGUCAGCUUCUGGCGGUCCGGGCCGGAGAAUCAGCUCUACGUCAUGUGGCAGAGCGGCCGUCGAGCGGAGACUCCGGCGGUGAGGUUGUUUGGGGUCAACAUAUCUAAGAAGCAAUUCAUAGAGGUAUUGUAGUGU